AUGGAUGAAACGCAUAACAACAGGACUUCCUUGGCGAAAGGUGCCAAGGACAUCGCUAAAGAAGCCAAGAGGCAAGCUGCCAAAAAUUUCAACAAAGCUGUCGAUCGUGCCACAGAUGAAUACUCGUCGCAUCGCAGCUACAACCGCUUCCAGAACGAGGAUGAAGAGGAGAACAACUACAACUCUUACACCCAGCAAGAUGGCCGUUACGCUGACAACAACGCAGCCAACGACGACGACGGGGCCUCCAGUGACGCCACGGAGGGCCACGAUGAUGAAGACGAGAUCUAUGAGGGGGAGUACCAAGGUGUGCCUGCCUAUAACGACGGGAAGCUGCAAGACGGGAAGGUGGCUCUGGGCCAGCCGGUGUCUGACAGCCUAAAGAGCCGCAAGGAGCUUGAGAAUGAGAGACAGGCAGAUGAGGAGGAGCUGGCCCAACAGUACGAGCUGAUCAUGCAGGAGUGCGGCCACGGGAGAUUCCAAUGGCAGCUGUUCUUUGUACUCGGGUUGGCGCUCAUGUCAGACGGCGUGGAGGUGUUUGUGGUCGGCUUCGUCCUGCCGAGCGCUGAGACCGACAUGUGUGUCCCCAAUUCUGGUGCCGGAUGGCUAGGUAGCAUUGUGUAUCUGGGGAUGAUGUUCGGAGCGUUUUUUUGGGGCGGCCUGUCAGACAAGGUGGGCCGUAAACAGUGCCUGCUGAUAUCCAUGUCUGUCAACGGCUUCUUUGCCUUCCUCUCCUCAUUCGUCCAAGGAUACAGCAUGUUCCUCCUCUGCCGCAUGGUGUCUGGCUUCGGGAUUGGUGGAGCGGUACCAAUAGUAUUCUCGUGGUUUGCGGAGGUGUUGGCUCGGGAGAAGAGAGGAGAGCAUCUGAGCUGGCUCUGCAUGUUCUGGAUGAUCGGAGGAAUUUACGCCUCAGCCAUGGCGUGGGCCAUCAUCCCACAUUACGGUGACAUUACUCUCAACACUGAAUCAGAGCUGUAUUUAAGUUACCAGGACUAUAGUAGCUGGAGUUUCAGCAUGGGUUCAGCCUACCAGUUCCACAGCUGGAGAGUUUUUGUGGUGGUGUGCGCGUUGCCGUGUGUCUCUGCAGUGGUCGCUCUCACUUUUAUGCCUGAGAGCCCUCGCUUCUUCCUGGAGAUGGGUAAACAUGACGAGGCCUGGAUGGUGCUCAAACACAUCCACGACACCAACAUGCGCGCCCGUGGGGAGCCUGAGAGAGUGUUCACUGUGAACAGGAUAAAGAUCCCCAAACAGCUGGACGAGCUGGUGGAGAUGCAGAAUGAGUCAGCCAACCCUGUGCUCAAGGUCCUCUUCAAGAUCAAGGCUGAGCUCAGAGGGAUCUGGUUGACUUUUAUGAGAUGCUUCAACUACCCAGUGAAAGACAACACUGUGAAACUGGCAGCAGUCUGGUUCACUUUGUCCUUUGGGUACUACGGGCUGUCUGUAUGGUUUCCGGACGUCAUCAAACACCUCCAGGCUGAUGAGUACGCCUCCAGAGUGAAAAUCCACAACAACGAACGCAUCGAAGACUUCACCUUCAACUUCACCCUGGAGAACCAGAUCCACAGAAAUGGAGUGUUUCUGAAUGACAAGUUUAUCAGUAUGAGGUUCAAAUCGGUCACUUUCAUCGACUCCUCUUUCCUCAACUGCUAUUUUGAGGAUGUCUCCUCAGUCGGAUCUUUCUUCAAAAACUGUACCUUUGCAGACUCCUUCUUUUACAACACGGAUAUUGACGACGCCAAGCUAACAAAUUCGAUGGUGAUCAACAGCUCCUUCCACCACAACAAGACAGGUUGCCAGAUGACAUUUGACGACGACUACAGUGCCUACUGGGUCUAUUUCGUCAACUUCCUGGGAACGUUGGCCGUGCUGCCUGGAAACAUCGUCUCUGCCCUCCUCAUGGACAAAAUAGGCCGCCUUAGCAUGUUAGGAGGCUCCAUGGUGCUGUCAGGCAUCAGCUGCUUCUUCCUGUGGUUCGGCACCAGCGAGUCCAUGAUGAUCUUCAUGCUUUGCCUCUACAACGGCCUCAGUAUCUCUGCCUGGAACUCCCUGGAUGUCGUCACCGCUGAGCUGUACCCAACAGACAGGAGGGGCACGGGCUUCGGCUUCUGUAAUGCCAUGUGUAAACUGGCAGCGGUGCUGGGCAACCUGAUCUUUGGCUCGUUGGUUGGCAUCACCAAGGCUAUCCCCAUCCUGCUGGCAUCGGCCGUGUUGGUUGGCGGCGGGCUGGUGGGACUCCGACUGCCAGACACACGUGCCAAUGUCCUCAUGUAA